AUGAGCUCCGAAGGCAGAGGUCGACUCGCUGGCAAGAACGCCGUCAUCACUGGUGCUGCUGGUGGUAUUGGUCUCGAGACCUGCAUUCUCUUUGCCCGCGAGGGUGCAUCUGUUCUGAUGUGCGACAUCUCAGCACCUGCUCUGGAGAAGGCUGUUGCCAAAGUCAAGGAGAUUGUUCCCAAUGCUGCUGGCAAGAUUGAGACCACCAUCUGCGACGUGAGCAAGGAGGAUGCUGUUGCUGCAGCUGUCGAGAAGGUCGACUCAUGGGGCGGUCUCGAUGUCAUGUUCAACAACGCCGGUAUCAUGCACGCCGAUGAUGCAGAUGCCAUUGAUACCCCUGAGAAGAUCUGGGACCUCACACACAACAUCAAUGUCAAGGGUGUCUGGUUUGGCUCCAAGCACGCAGUGCAGGCAUUGCGCAAGCACAACAAGACCAAGGGCUCAAUCAUCAACACUGCUUCCGUGGUCGCUUUGGUCGGAGCCGCAACUCCUCAACUGGCAUACACAGCCAGCAAGGGUGCUGUUCUCGCAAUGACUCGUGAGCUUGCCAUUGUUCACGCUCGUGAAGGCUUCAGAUUCAACUCUCUCUGUCCUGCUCCUCUUAACACUCCUCUUCUGCAGGACUGGCUGGGUGACGACAAGGCCAAGCGUCAGCGUCGUGAGAUCCACUUCCCCACUGGCCGUUUCGGUGAGGCUAUCGAGCAGGCACACGCAGUUGUCUUCUUGGCCAGUGAUGAAAGCAGCUUCGUCAACGGUACCGACUUCGUCGUUGAUGGUGGCAUGACCAAGGCAUAUGUCACUCCUGAGGGUCCUCCGGCUCCUGCUCCUACUAACCUCGCCAAGUAA